AUGUAUUCAGUAAGAAGUCAUUCGGCUAUUCAAGAUGCCGAAAAGAAGAAAAAGAAGCUUCACAGAUAUUCAUACAACGAAGAUAUGCAACUACCUGAUCCGGUGCCCGAGGACCAGGAGGGUGAGUCAGGCUUCCAAUUUCCUUCAAUUACAAUUUCGCCUGCAGAAAAGGAGAGAAAACACAGGAGUGCGAUAACAUCUUUGGAUAUGAAUGAAGAGGAUGAGGAAGGUCUGGAAAACACAUCUGGAGGGUUGAAUUUGUACAAUCACGGACAUCGUCGGGGAUAUAGUUUGGGUGGGGGUAAUCAUGUUGGGAAUGGAGGAAUGCAAGAAUAUAAUCGUACUAGCAAUCAUGUUAGCAAUCAUAUAAGUUUUAAUCAAUUGACAAACAACCAGAGUGAUUUUAGUCGAUCUCCAAUUCAUCACUCUAACUUCAGUCAAUCUCCAAUUCAUCACACAACCUUCAAUGAAUCUCCAAUUCACAAAAAUCAAUCUCCAACUCACAUAAACUUCAGUCAAUCUCCAAUUCAUCGCACUAACUUCAACCACACUGGCAAUCAGAUCAACUUCAAUCAUCCCACGACUCAAAACUCUGGCAUCAAUCAAUAUUCAGGCCCCAGUCAAAGCUUAGGGGCUAUCCCCAGUAGGGCACACAGAGGACAUGGCCAUUUGAGAAAUAGCAGCAGUAUAGCAAGCAACUACAUUCCUGCCGAUGCGGAACAAAGCACUCCACCAGUAAAAGAGCAGGCAGGAUUUCAUUUUGGCUCCGGGUCGAUUUCCUCAUCAAGAAGAGGCCACCACUAUCAGCAUUCGUCCGUGUCGAUGAAUAUGUUCAAGAAACCAGAAAAAGACCAAACUGUGUGCGAGCUCCCGGUGUAUCCUAUUCCGGAUUUGCACGAGGUGCUUCAGUCGAUCAGCAAAUCACAGAAAAAAGGUCUUUUUUGGUGUAGCAUGCAGUUCCUGCUGGCUCUUUUGUGCUCGUUAGUCGGGCUGCAUGGGGCUGUGCACUGCCUCCAAACGCUUUCGCACAUCGAGUUUUUCGACGCUUUCGGCAACCUUCUUUCCGUUUCCGUCUGCAUGAUGUCCAACUUCGACGUUUGGAGACACCCUUCACUCCGUUUUCCCUUUGGUUUGGGCCGCAUUGAGGUUCUUUUGGCCUUUUCCUUGUCCGUUUCGCUCGCUUUUGUCGGCGUCGACUUGCUGUCGCAUGUCGUCGAGCAUCUUAUCACAAUUUUGGUGAUUGGAUCUGUCCACCAUGAGUCAGGUGACCAUAUCACAGCAGUGCCUAUCAGCAGCACUUUCUACUAUGCACUGGUAAUUCUUGUUGUCAUCCUCAGCUUCGUAUCUUCAAAUGCUGCUGAUUAUGCCGUUGGAGCCUCGUUGAAGGACCAGAGUGCACUGGCCGGCAACAGUUCAAGAAAUGUCAGUGCCAGCAGUAUGACGAGUAACAGUGAUGAAAUUCGAACCCAGGGAGGGCUGCUGAGUUUGGCAAAAAAAGCUUCUUUCAUGCCGCUUAUCACAGGCAAGCAUCCCUCUCCAGUUAAUGCCAAAAGACUCAGCUCUGUGACCUUGGAGGCCCCGAGAAAAGAACCGUUCUUCAAUAGCUGGCUAAACCCGGCGGGAAACGGCAUUAACGCUUGCACGAAGGCACUGACGUGCUUUUAUGCCGUUUACUGCCUCGUCUACCCGGCAGUCGUGUCCGAUGAGAAGAAAAACGGUGAAUGGGUGGAUAACAUUUCGACAUUCGGCCUCUCGGCGCUUAUUUUGGCGUUCGGAUGCCGGUUAGUCGACCGCUUGGGAAAUACCCUACUAAUGAAAAGCCCACCCGAGUCCUUGAAGCUGGCAAUAAUUCGCAACAUCCAGCAACUGGACUUCUACAGGGCCGAGUACCGCAUUAGGGAAUUUGUCAUUUCACGUGUCGACCAACGGAUAUUUGUCAUUAUUCUCAAGAUUUCCAUUCCGGGUGCAUCUGAUGAUGAUGAGGCCAAGUUCAGGUUUUACGCUACCAGGGUGAUUCGCGGACUCAUGCAUCAGUACACCAAAGGGCUUCUUGCGGAAACAAGCCAGAAGCAAUUGGUUACGCCUGAGCCCGACAGAAAAUCCAUAGUGGCACUUUUAAAUGUGGAUUCCAACACUUUCGGUGCUUUUGGCAGUGCUGGGGAGGACUUUGAGAUUACAAUAGAUGUUGAUAGGAGUUGA